CUCGGCUGCGCUGCGAAGUAUAUCAUCCGUCUGCACGUCAAUUUGACUUCGGGCGUACGUACCUUGCAGUGGCAGGCGACCUUAGGACCACCAGACUCUCUUCUAAAGGGAGCAGGGAGCCGCUAUAGACCCUAUAGCCGAUAUUGGUUCUGUGUGCGGUGCACACUUGGACCAACUCUCUGCUGCCACACACCGCGACUCCAUACCUCAUGGACUAUUACGGCGCACCGCCGGCACACCUACGCUCGCCCGUGGAUGACGGCACUAGGCUUGGCAUGAUACGGGAGGAAAACAAUCGACGCGCCAUGGUGCAUCCCAAGCAGGAGUCGUCGCCCCUCAGCGACAGCAGCGAGCAGUCUCACGAUGCCACGUUGCCACCGAACAAGCGCGCGCGCGUCAACUACGAAUGUGAGGCGUGCGGGACCACGUACACCGAGAAGCGCGCGCUGGCCCGGCAUCGACAUACUGACAUGCACCGGAGACGACUAGGACUCCAGCCGGACAAACGACAUCUCUGCGUGAAGUGUGGCAGGUCUUUUGGUCGGAAUCACGACCUCCAGCGGCAUCGGCGCGAACAGCACGGCGAGGCUACAGGCGCCACAGCGGUCGACGUGUCUUCAUGUCGCUCCGAUGGCAGUCCCAUGUCAGACGAUGCCAGAACACUCAAGCCGCAGGCAUCCUGGACCGGCCCCAUCACGAACAUGAUGAUGCCGGACGACAUGUUGCUCCAACCGCCGCAUUUGCGAGGUGCCAAGUCUUACGGUGACUUCAGCCUUGCCAGAGACGGAUCGACGCCCAGCCUUUCCAAAAGCAGCAACAGCAGUAGAGACUCUGUUCCGUCGAUUAAGACUGAGGCCAACUCCGAUCAAUCUCUGCCUGUCAAGAUAUGGCAAGGUGACGAAGACCAACGCAUCUUCACGCCAACGCCACCGCGAGAUCUCAAGCAAGUCACCCGAAGACAUUCAAGCGAAGACCUACAGGACCAACGGCACUUGCGCAAAGACAGCUCACAGCCUAGUCGGCCAAGCACAGCUACUUCGAAGAGUACGAAUGAGACCAAAGGACAACACUCGCAAGCUCGCAUUCUGGCCAACAUGAUCAUGGACGAACCCGACGUCGAAGGCUACGAACCUCACAUAUGCAUGCCAUGCGGCAGAGUGUUUGGCGAUGAUGAUCUGCUCCUCGAUCAUCUCCGAACACAUCUGGAGAACUUCAAGGGCAAUCACAAAUGCAAGAAGUGCCAGAUUGGGUUUGAUCAUGAGGAAGACUUACAGAGACAUCUGGAUGCUGCGAAGAAAGGACAUUGCGGAUUCAAAUUCCCUCACAGCCAGCCCUGCACAGGUCAUCAUCCUCCUAUUCGGGUGGAAGGCCUUGACAGACUUCACGACUCGGACUGCGCUCGUCUUACAUAUCAGCUCCGCAAUUGGGAGCAAGCGCAACUUCAGGCAUACAUUUCACAGAUCAAUCAACUCGUUGCUGAUCGUCAAAAACGGAGCAAGAACCGCUGGUCGGCAGAAGCUCUCAUGCGAAGCAAUCGAAACUCCAUCACGUCUUUCCGCAGCUUUGCGGUCUCAGUCAACACCUACGCCUCCGCCCCCUGCGACACGACCAACGGCAAAAUGGACAUCGACGGGCUACAGAAACGGCUCAAGAAUAUGUCAAUACGCGAAAUGGGUUCCUCUGUCAAGAACACCAUCAUGGGCCGCACAGGCGCCAACGCUUCCUCUUCUCAUUUCCCCAAAAUCACCGCCACCUACGACAAAGCUCUCCAACAAGCCAUUACCCGUGGAAACCUCAAGAAAGCCAACGAACUUCUCUGCUCCGGCGCCGACCCUGCCACCCUUUACCGCGCCUCCGGGACGCUCACUACUGCCGCACUUUGGUCCCACACCGAGGUUCAGUCUCUUACCGUUGCGCAUCGUCUAACAGAAGACAUACAAGGCGCCUGCAACGUCUGCCACCUCAACUCCGUCACCUUCAGCAAAGGCAGCAAUAAAGUCAAAGCUCUCCUCGCACACGGCGCAGAGGUCAACCAGCAAGGCGGCUUAUGUACAUAUCCCAUCAACAGUGCAGCAUGGAUGUGCAAAGCCGAUGUCAUCUCCAUUCUCAUCCGAAACGGCGCCUCAGUGAACCAACGCGAUGAGAAAUUCGGCUCACCACUCGGCAUCGCAGCUUCUCAGGGAGGCUACCCAGGAUCCGAACAAGUCGUCGAAACGCUGCUGAACGAGAAUGCAAAUCCCUUCAUAUCCGGAACCAUGGAUGACGGGAAAAUGGGACUUCCUCUCGACAUCGCGAAGAAACGCCUUGCAUUUUGGGAAAAGAGCCCGGAAGUCAUGCAAAUUGCACCAGAUGUCGUGGAAGAGCGGAUAAGGGUCUGUGAGGUCAUGAUCAAGCUUUUUGAAGAAGCUGGAAAGAGAUGGGAAGACAUGGGUCGGCAAGAGCAAAUGGAUCGAUUUGAUGCGGCGAAUUUUCACAAUGGGGAUACGAUAAUGAGUUGA